GGUUUGUAUCUGAGGUAACAUGCAAAUGAGACGGGCUUUCAAAUUAUUCAUAUCCUAAUAAAUAUACAACAAGUCUUAAAUAUACAUGUACCAUUUCAGGAUAUGCUCGGCUAGUGCUCCUUCCAACGAAACAAGACUGGUUCUUUAGGGAUUAAAACAUGACAACUACAAUGGAUACGACCCCUGCCCCACAGACAGACGACAGUUGCUUUACAUCCAUAAAUAAUUUUGUUAUCGAGAAGAAAAUAGGUCGAGGACAGUUCAGUGUUGUGUAUAAGGCUCGAUGUGUCGUCGAUAACUCGAUUGUAGCUCUCAAAAAAGUACAGAUAUUUGAAAUGAUGGAUUCCAAGGCUCGGCAAGAUUGCAUCAAGGAAAUUGAUCUACUCAAACAGCUAAAUCACCCCAACGUUAUUAAGUAUUAUGCUUCAUUUAUUGAAAAUAAUGAGCUCAAUAUCGUCCUGGAAUUAGCAGAUGCUGGAGAUUUAUCAAGAAUGAUCAAACACUUCAAGAAACAGAAGAGGCUUAUCCCUGAGAGAACGGUCUGGAAGUACUUCGUUCAACUCACAGCUGCUCUACAACACAUGCAUUCAAGAAGAGUAAUGCACAGAGAUAUCAAACCAGCAAAUGUAUUUAUCACAGCAUCUGGUGUCGUGAAGCUUGGUGAUCUGGGGUUAGGUCGCUUCUUCAGCUCCAAGACCACAGCCGCUCACUCACUUGUUGGCACACCUUAUUAUAUGUCACCGGAGAGAAUCCAUGAGAAUGGGUACAAUUUUAAAUCAGAUAUCUGGUCACUUGGCUGCCUGCUGUACGAGAUGGCAGCUCUACAGUCUCCAUUCUAUGGUGAUAAAAUGAAUUUGUACUCACUAUGUAAGAAAAUUGAACAAUGUGACUACCCUCCCCUCCCUUCUGAACAUUAUUCACAAGAGCUGCGUGACCUUGUAAGCUUGUGCAUAAAUCCAGACCCUGAUCAAAGACCUGAUGUGGUCUACGUAAACGAAGUAGCACAGAAAAUGCACACCGUUCAUUUACAUUAAUGACAAAAUAAUAUUGUAAGGAAUAGUGGGAAUGGGUUAGCAAUGACUUUUGAAAUAUGGACUAAGAUUUUAAUUAGAAUUAUGGCCGCACCAUCACACUUUGAAUUUUUUUUUUUUCUUUUUUUUCUCCAGGUUAUUACUUCCUGAACUUUCUACUUUUUCAAACCCUGUAAAAUAAAGCACUGAGUUAGUGUGACCAAAAUAAAUUUUAUUUUCAAUUUGAUUGGAUUGUCAUCAAAAGAUUAUUUACAUUGUGCUUUUUUAAAAAGUGACAAUAAACUCAAAGUGUUUAGAGUUCAAGUGUCCUCACUGUGACACUAGUCAUCCAAAUUCAAUGAUCUUUUAUGAUCAAGGAAUUCCAAACAAUGGCCACAAAUUUGUCAAAGCAAGGACAUAAUAUUGACAGGAAUCAUAAAUUAAAACCAAGACAUUUAAAAAAAGAUCUACAAAAAUAAUAACUGUGUUAUCCCAAAGGCAUGAAGAUCAACUGUUACAUAAAUUGUUUGUAAACAAUAGGUUAUGCACUCAAUUGCAAAAUCACUGUCAUGUUCAAAACCUAGUACAUAGAAGCUGAGAAUGAAAUGUUACACAGGAAGUAUGUUAAUUGCUAUCUUAGUUUCUAGCAAUGAUUUUUCAACACUCAAGUUUCGAGUUCUCUUUGCUCAGCCUUAGUCUCGGUUGUGUGUUAUAAUAUUUAGCCAUUCAACCAAAACCCUGUGGCAUUUUAAUCAACUUGUAUUGUUACGUAGUUCAUACAUUGCUUACUAUACAAUGUGCCUUAAUAAAAGAAAAGAAAGCAUUUGUACACAACCGAGGCUAAGACUGUGCAAAAGAACUCGAAAUGGGGGUAUUGAGUGCAAAACAGUUUUAGAGUCUAAUAGCUCAGUAUGGUCCCGGGGGGUGGGGGGACUCUGGGAAAAAAGUACCAGGGAUGCUCAUUGGAAAUGUUCAAAAAGACCCCUAAAAGAUACCGGAAGUCUUUAAAAAAGGGGCAUGACUGAAUGAUUUUUAACCCCUAAGAGAUACCACAACAAAUUCAAUUCUCACAAAUUCAAACAAUUCUCUCCUUUUCUGACACCCUAAGAGAUACCGGAAAAUGCUGAUUUUCAAAAAUUCACACUUGGCACCCUAAAAGAUGCCAAAUCACAAAUUUUUACCCCUAAGAGAUACGACGAGCAUCCCCGGUACUUUUUUCCUGGAGUUCCCCCCCACCAGGAGUAUGAAACACUUUUAACAUUUCAUUUAAUUAGUAUUCUUAGUGUUUCUGCAUGUUCAUGCUUAAUGAUAUCAAUAAGCAAAGUGUUUAACUCUUAAUUAUAAGCUGUAAAGAGGAUUCAAUGCAAUUUCAAAUUUUCUUAUUCUGGCUUCUAGUGGGUAAUUUUAAAACGCUGCUCUUGACUAGUAGGAAUAGUUUCUUCCUGAAUUAUUCCAUUUUUUCAGUAAAUAAUCCUUGUAAAUACCUAACUUAUAGAAUGAUUAUGAUUAUUGUCUAACUACUCAGCUCUUGCAACAGAAACGAGAAAAAAGCAUUGCCCUCAUUAGCCAUUAGCAAGAAGGCAUAAUUUUUAACAAAGACUAAAAGUGCAUCAUGGUCUAAAUUGGUACAAACAUCUUUGGUUAGGUCCACUGUACCCAAGCUAGACCAGAAUGCACCUUCGUAGUUGCACUUGGAAUAGGCAAUACUUGCUCUUCUAGUUUGUAAAUUAAUAAACUGUCCUAAAUCAGUAUUAUACCUCGAAAUGGAGGAGUUUUAAUAUAUAAUAUGAGUAUGAGCAUUCUCUCUCAAUCAAGAGUGAAAUACACAUAUUUAUUAAUAAUUAUUGACUAUUAAUUUAUUAGUAUGGAAAGAGUAUUUGAUUUUAGUGAGUGUUGUAUGUAUCUAAAAUAUGUCAAUGAAAAUGUAAAACGUUUUA